AUGGAGGACAGGCCUACCCUCGAAUCCCGAUCCCCGAACCCGCACAACUAUUUCGCAUUGCUGUGUGGAAACACUCACAACAGCGAUCAAGGAGACACAGACAACAACGGACGACUUCGCGGUGGGCCCUCGCUUACGUUGUAUUUGAAAUUUGCUUGCUGGUCAAACAAAUGCCGGUCUUCUCUUUCCCGAAUAAAGCUGUGUGACGUGAACGGAGAUGGGUCAGUCACGAAGUCCGAGCUGAAAGAUGCGCUUUGGUCACUGGGGCAGAAUCCGACCGAGGAGGAGACCGACCACAUAUUUCGCGAGUACGAUGCAGACAAGACAGGCACACUAGAUUUCAACGAGUUCAAGCUACUGAUGACGGCAAGGCUCACAUACAAGGGGGACCAGAACACACGGGCGGAGUUUGAGGAUGCUUUCCGAGCGAUCGAUCACAACAAGGAUGGAAACGUCGACAUAACAGAGCUCAAUAGGCUCAUGGUUGCGUCAGGGUUUGGACUGACCAACCGAGAGUUAAAAGAAAUUUUUGGCUUCUUCGACCGUGACGGCAGCGGGAAGGUAGACAUGGCAGAAUUUUUGGACUAUAUGAUGGACGCGUAAUAAAUGCAUGAUGCACAGCGUUGGAAGGCAGGUAAGAGAUCAUGGGUGAGUGCACUGUUUGUAGCACAUGUUCAGUAUGACGGCGAUGAUAAACUAUUGUCAGUAUCGGGCAAUUCAGCUCUCAUUGUUCUGCGAGUUCCCAUGGACUUCACCGUGCUCGU